AUGGCUUCCUCACGUCGCAUCCAGAGUUACCUGGCGCUUGCGCUUGCUUUGCUCUGGCCCGCAGAGGCUCAACUCACGACAGAGUCGACAGAGGUUUGCGACCAGUCCGACCAGUCCCUGCUGCAGCUUGGCAGUGGCCUGGGCUGUCCUCCGGUACCUCAAGUCAGCUGCCAGAACACGCUCGGCACGAUGCACAACGGGCCCACCCCAGGUAUGAAGAAGCUGUCCAAGGCCAUGCCGGAUGUGGACCUAAGCCCUGCGGACUGCUCCUUGUGCAGUACACCCGGUGCCUCUGCUUCCUUGUACAGCAUUGAGCGCUUCGACGGUAUGGGCCAACGUGCUGCUCACCUUAUUGUGAUGAUGGCACUCGCAAGCCACUUGGGAGUGAAUUUCGGUGGGCUACUCCCGCACCCUUCCACAGAAGUUCAUGGUGCAGACGUCCACGCAUGUUUGAGUGCAGUUGUGGGGAGCGAUUAUACAUCCCUCCGUAAGCAGGUUAGACAUGCCAAUUUUGACACGUGUUUCUUCGGGAGCCACGUUCUGCUCUCAACAUUCGAGGAAGGCCACCAGCCCGUCGGCCAGAAGAUUUUGUUUCAGGAAUGCGGAUUUGGGAAGGAUAUAGUCCGCUUCUUGACGCCAACUUUCCUGCAAAAGUUGAGACAGCACACGCAGCUACUCAGCCACCCAACGCCGUACUUUGGUCACGAGAAGAGGAUUCGCGUGGCCGUCCAUGUCCGCCGAGGCGACAUCGACGUCUCAAGGCAGACGAAUCGCGACAUUCCUAACAACGUGUACCUCCAGGUUGUAGAGACCAUUCGAAACAUGGCUCGGAACAUGGCGGAGAUCCAUGUCUUCAGCACCACUAAGGAGGGAAAGCACGCCAGCAGCGACUUCGAAGCUUUCGAAAAAGCCGGUAUGACAGUUCACUUGAACGGUGAUGAACUCGGCGACCUGGCCCACAUGGCCCAAGCAGACGUUCUUGUCCAGGCUCCCAGCAGCUUCUCCUGGGUGGCCGGCGUCCUGAGUACGAACUGCGUGGUUUCCUUCAAAUCUUAUCCCGGCGGUUUACAGGACUGGAUCUUCCACCACACUGGAAGCUUCAAAAAGGACGAUGCAGACCGCCUUCGGCAGUGCAUCCAGGAUCGUUUGCACAGCACCGGCCUCUUGUGA